AUGUCUGCUGGUUCAACUUCCACCACCACUGCUACUAAUGCAACCACUCCCCCAUCAUCCUCGUCUUCUUCCACUCAAAGAAAGUUCAUCAAACGUCCAGAUGACAAAGCCAUGAAGGAAGAAGUUGAAGCUUUGAAGAAGGAGAUCAAGAAAUUGGAUUUGACCAAUAACGAAUUGAAUGCACAAAUCCAGAAAUUACAAAUUGAUCAAAAAGUCAUGGAUGAAAGAAACAAGUUGCAAGCUGAGUUAAAGACUUUAAUUUCCAAACAAUCGUCCGCCAAGAAUGAGAGAAACAAUAUCAACGAACAAAUCAAGUCUAUUGAUUCUUCAAUGAAGAAGAAGAUUGCUGAAAUUCAACAACAAACCUCCAAGAACAAUUUCAAAAACGUUGCUGAAAUCGACGCCAGAAUUGAUUCGUUGGAUAAGGCCAUUGACGCAGGAAACUUGAAGUUGGCUGAUGAGAGAAGAUUUGUCAAGGAAAUGAGUGCUUUGCGUAAAUUGCGUAAAGAUUUCGGAUCAAUUGAAAAAAUUCAAGCUUCAAUUGAUCAAGAUAAGGAAAAGAUUGCUGAUUUGAAGAAGAAGUUGCAAGGAACUCAUAAUAAGGAAGUCCAAGCUCAAUUUGAAACCAUUCAAAAGAAAUUGGAUGAAAUUAAUGAGUCUAACAAAUCAACCAUAUCCAAGAGAAACAAAAUUUAUGAUCAGAGAUCAGAAAUCAAAAAGGAAAAAGAUGCCAAAUAUGAUCAAAUUAGAAAAUUGAGAAGUGAUUUUGACGCCAAGUUUGAACACUUCAAAAAGCAAAUGGAAGAAGAAAGACAAAAGAGGGAAGAAGAGUACAAGGCUCAACAAGCUGAGAGAAAGCAAGCUAAGUUGAAACAAAGAGCCGAACAAGAAUUGGCCGAUGCUUCCAUCCCUGCAUUCACUGCCGAAAUCAACUCUAUCCACAACUUGUUGUCCUACUUUGAUCCAUCUUAUGUCAAGCCAGCCACCACCAACGCCGCCACUGCCAACAACGCAUCACUUUCAUCCAAUGGAUCAUCAAUCCCAUCAACCACCAAGAACCAAGCUAGAGUCAUUGAGUUUCCCGAAGACUUGGUUGUUGUCAAGAAGGAACAAGAUGAUUUCUUUACUGGAACCAAGAAGAAGGGCAAGAAUGCUAAAAAGCAUAGUGGUAAAAAGAAUUUCACCGUUGCACCCGAAAUCAUUGUUGCAUUGAGUGAUUUGACCAUUCCUUAUCCAUUGAAGGAGGAGAAUGUUCCUGAAACUAUCAAGACUUUGAAGGAAACCUUGGAUGCAUUGCAAGAGAAGCAAGAAGAACAGACAAAGGUUAAUAUUGAAAGGGCCAAGGCUAAGAUUGCCAAGUUUAAGGAAGACGAUUUUGAGGAUGAGGAGCAAGAUGAUGAGGAAGAAGACCAAAAUUAG